GACCCUUGCCAUAUUCUACCUGGCCUUUUAUAUCUUCUGCUUCAUUGGAGGGGGCUUUGCGGUCACUUUGCUUUAUGGAAAGAUCAACUCCGAGAAACACCUGGAAAAGUGCGAGCACUCGUACUUGCCACCCACACAAAUUGGUAUACUGAAGACGUUGGAUGAGAUGAAACUGGAGAUAAAGCCUAUAAAGAUUGACCGGAGACUGACUGGGUCUAGUUUCAUAGAUGAACCACUACAACAGGUAAUCCAGUUUGCACUGAGAGACUACAUCCAAUACUGGUACUACACUUUAAGCGAAGAUGAGUCCUUCUUAUCAGAGAUCAGGCAGACGCUGCAGAAUGCCCUUGUCCAGUUCUCCACACGGUCCAAAGAGGUGGACUGGCAGCCUUACUUUACCACUCGCCUGGUGGACGACUUUGCUACCCAUUUACGUGUUUUCAGAAAAGCCCAGGAUCGCCAUGGUGACAGAGAAGACAAGCAAAGGGACAUAACAGAAGAGCUGGUGGAGUCUUUCUUUGAGGCUGAGAUGGAAAUGGAAAGGAAGAUUUGUCGAGAUGUUGUGUGCACUUCACGCAAAGAUGAAGAAGGGUUUCUUCGGGACUUGUGUGAGUUGCUUCUGUACUUGUUACUACCUCCUGGAGAUUUCCACAACAAGAAUAUGAGAUACUUCCUAAGGGAGGUGCUGGCGCGUGGUGUCCUGCUUCCACUGAUCAACCAGCUGAGUGACCCAGACUACAUCAACCAGUUUGUGAUAUGGAUGAUUCGGGAUAGCAGCUGUAACUAUGAAGCUUUCAUGAACAUCCUCAAGUUAACAGACAAGCCAGCUGAGCUGGAAGCCGUUAAAGACAAGGUGCUGGAGGAGCUGCAGUAUCUACGCUCCCUGGACACUGCUGGAGAUGACAUUAAUGUGAUCAAGAACCAGAUCAACAGUCUUCUGUUUGUGAAGAAGGUGUGUGAGACCAGGAUCCAGAGACUGCAGUCUGGCAAGGAGGUUGAUGCCUUGAAGUUGGCAGCCAACUUUGGAAAGCUUUGUGUCAUUCCGCUGGAUCACAUUCUUGUCCACAACAUAGCCCUGCAGUUUUUUAUGGACUUCAUGCAGGCAGCGGGGGCCCAGGCCGAGCUGUUCUUCUGGCUUACAGUGGAGGGAUACAGGGUGACAGCACAGCAGCAGCUGGAGGCCAUGCAGGGCUGGCAGAAAGAUGGCAAGAAGCAGCCUAGUGCCACCAAGGGGCUUCUGAAAGCAGCUGCACUGGGUGUCUAUGAGCAGUACCUCUCUGAAAAGGCAUCCCCCAGGGUGCACGUGGACGAGGCAUCACUAGCAAGACUUGGGGAGAAGCUACGGAAAGACGAUCCCACACCAGAAAUAUUUGAUGAAAUCCAGAGAAAGGUGUAUGACAUGAUGCUACGUGAUGAGUGCUAUUACCCAUCCUUCAAGCAGAGCCCUCUUUAUGUCCGCAUGUUAGCAGAGCUGGACAUGUUGAAAGAGCCAAGCUACCGAGGGUCUGAUGAUGGCGAUGGAGAGUCCUUCAAUGGUUCUCCAACAGGAAGCAUAAACCUAUCUUUGGAUGACUUGCCCAAUUCCUGCCAUGAUGAAUCUAUGCACCUUCUUGCCUUCAUCUCUGACACAGCUGAUGCUUGUCUCCCCGGCUUUUGGGGUGCUGCAGUGUGCAAUGACCACGGUAAGACCUACGCACUGUACGCCAUCACUGUGGUUAGACGCAACCAAGAUGGCAGUGAGGAAUCCUGGAAGACCUACCGCCGCUACUCAGACUUCCAUGACUUCCAUAUGAGAAUCACUGAACAGUUUGAGAACCUGGCAUCAAUCCUCAAACUGCCGGGGAAGAAAACUUUCAAUAACAUGGACAGAGACUUCUUGGAGAAGAGAAAAAAAGACCUCAAUGCUUACCUACAGUUGCUGCUGAACCCAGAGAUGGUGAAGGCCUGCCCAACUCUGAUCCCCUAUGUGUAUGACUUCCUAGAGAACAAGGCCUACAGCAAGGGCAAAGGAGAGUUUGCACGGAAGAUAGACACAUUUGUGAAUCCUCUACGGAGCUCCAUGAGAAAUGUAUCCAAUGCAGUUAAAGCCCUCCCAGACAGUUUGGCAGAGGGAGUGACCAAAGUCUCUGACAACAUGGGUCGCAUGUCAGAAAAACUGGGUCAAGACAUCAAACAGUCCAUACUGAAGGUGCCUCCACUCCUCCCCAAGUCUGACAUCGACCCUGAACACUGUCGAGUCUCUGCACAGCUCGAUGACAAUGUGGAUGAUAAUAUUCCACUCCGGGUAAUGCUGCUGCUGAUGGAUGAGGUGUUUGAUCUUAAAGAGAAAAACCAGUGGCUGCGCCGGAACAUUAAGAACCUUCUGCAGCAGCUCAUCAGGGCCACAUAUGGAGACACAAUCAACAGGAAAAUAGUGGAUCAUGUGGACUACCUGACGUCGCCAGAGCAGGUGGCAGAUUAUGUUAAAAAAUUCAGGGAUUCUUACUGGCCCAAUGGUAUUCUAGCUGAGACCCCGCCCCGCCGGGACAAGAGCAUCCGCAUGAGGACACGAGUAGCUGCCAAAACCAGCCUGCUGGGAAUCAUGCCAGACGAGCUGAAGCACAUCAUCGGAGCCGAUACCACAAGAAAGGGCAUCCUCCGUGUCUUUGACAUGUUUCAGUACCAACCCAUGAACCGUCGGUUAGUCUACGUUUUCCUGGAGGGCUUCUUGGAGACCAUGUUCCCUCAGUACAAAUUCCCAGAGCUCUUUGUCAAGCUACACUCCCGCUCGCCACGCAUCCACAGAUACAACCAGAAACUGAAAUCCACCUCCCUCAAGAGGUGACACGAGAGGAGAGAGGCAACAGGACAAGGGCCAACUAGACACACAGAGAUUUGAGAGCUGAGGGUGUGAGUGGUGGUGGGGUUUUUUUUGGGGGG